CUCGUGCGAGCAACUCUUUCACACUAUUCACCAUGCGGCUCGCAGACGUGUUCAAGCCCAGCGCGUGGCUGCUCCCGAAGGAGGAGAGCUGCAUCGCGCCGGAGGAGGUGUGGUCGAACAAGGACAUGGACCCGACGCCGCCUGACCACCGCACAUGGACGGGGUGGACUUUCUUUGCCUACUGGGUGUGCGACCUGUUCCAGCCGGGCGGAUGGGCGACCGUCGCCGCGUUUGUCGCGUCCGGCUUGACCUGGUGGGAGUCGUGCUUGGCCGUGUUCGUCGGCGCGUUCCUCGCCGCCAUAAUCAUCGCCGCGAACGGAUGGAUUGGCUCGGUGCUGCACACGCCCUUCGCGGUGACGUGCCGCGCAACGUACGGAUACUGGGGCAGCAAAUUUGUCGUGCUGUCGCGAUGCGUGAUCGCGUGUUUCUGGCUCAGCAUCAACUCGUACGCCGGCGGCCAGUUUAUCAGCUACGCGAUUGAGGCGAUCUGGCCGUCGUACGCGCGGCUACCAAACCAGCUGUCGGCGGGCAGUGGGACGACCACGCGCGACAUGCUCUCGUUCUUCAUCUUCUGGGUCAUUCAGUUCCCGCUCAUCUUUAUCCAUCCGUCCAAGCUCAAGUGGAUCUUCAACAUCAAGGCGGUGGUGGUGCCCAUCGUCGCGCUCGGCACCAUGAUCUGGGCGCUGAAGAAGUCGGGCCCGCUGGCUGGGCCCGCGUUGCGCAGCCCCAUGAACCGCGUCGCGCCGGGCACGGCGCGUUUCGUCGCGUUCAUGUAUGCCGUGACUAGCGUGCAGGGCGUGUGGGCGACGAUGAGCAUGAACGUCGGAGACUUCUCGCGCUACCUCGUCAAGCCCAAGGCAAACCUCGUGCAGCUUUUCGCAUUCCCCGCCAUCUUUACGGCCGUGUCCAUUGUCGCGGCAAUUACCGCUACCUCCCUCCUCCCGGUGUACGGCGACGUGCUGUACCAGCCGUAUAUGAUCAUCGCGAAGUGGCCGACGAGCCCCGGCGGACGCGCCGCCAUGUUCCUCGGCGGCCUGGCGUGGGCGCUUGCCAACGCCACGACGAACGUCACCGCAAACUCGAUUAGCGCGGCCAAUGACAUGGUCUCCCUCGCCCCGAAGUACAUCAACAUCCGCCGCGGCCAGUUCAUCUCAGCGACCGUCGGCGUGUGGGCCUUUGCGCCGUGGAAGGUGCUUGCGAGCGCGCAGAACUUCCUCAGCUUCAUGGCCGCGUAUUCGGUCGUGCUCGCACCCAUGGCCGCCCUCAUGGUCGCAGACUACUUCAUCAUCAAGCGCCGCAAGUACAACGUGUACCACCUGUACCGCCCCAACGGCAUCUACCACUACCUCGGCGGGUGGAACUGGCGCUCGUACGUGUCUCUGCUGUGUGCUAUUGCGCCAAAUCUCCCGGGCAUGGCGAACGCAAUCAACGCAAAGGUCAACAUCGGCAACAUCAAGUACGUGUACAUGGUCUCAAACAUCGUUGCGGACGUGAUCGCGAUCUUCAUGUACUACGCCCUGUCGCGCUUGUUCCCGGACCGCCCCAGCAUCAUCGACGAGGCGGUACAUGACGCCAAGGAGGUCGAGCCGACGUACUCGUACGACGCGAGCGCGACGCAAUAUGAGUUCAAGGAGAAGGACGACUUUGUGUACGUCAACCGGGCGUAGAGGGGGUCAACGGCAUUGAUGCAGCCUGCGGCGAAGUAGUUUCAGAAGACAAGCGAUGUAAUUGUAUGGCCUG